AUGAAAAAAUCAAAGCGCCCUCUUAUUCAGAUAGGGUCAAAAAAUGUUUUUAAUUUUAAAGUUAUGAAUGAUUUUAUUAAAUGGUUGGAAAGUGAUGGAAAUAUUUUAUUUUCAAAUGUGGAUAUUUGUUUGAUUGACAAAUCUGUUGGUUAUGGGUUAUUUGCAAAAGAGAAUGUUAGAUUAAAUGAAGUUUUGAUUAAGAUUCCAGAAAAAUAUAUUAUUACUGCAGAUUUUGUGUCCAAUAUUAAAGAAUAUUCAGAUAUAUUAAACAGAUUUGUUUUUGAUUUUUCCGAACUGUUAGCUCUUUUCUUUGCUUUUGAACGGGUAUAUCUUGAUUAUUUUUGCAAACAAUUUGGGUCUUUAAACGAUGGGACUGCUUAUUUUGUGCAGUGGACAUUGGAAAUGCCCAAUGGAUUUGAACAGUUUUUGGAUUGUAGGAAAAAGUUGAUGAAUGAAAAACGAAAUGAAAGCGAUUUUUGGUGGAAGUCGUAUAUAGGCAUUCUUCCAAGAAACUUUUCAACUCCGUUAUUUAUUUAUUAUUUAAAAGAAAAUGGACAGGCUAAAAUAAAAGAAAUUGCCUGUCAAUUGCCUAUUGAAACAAAAGAAAAAUUGUUAGGACAAUUGGAUGAAUUAAUUGUUUUUGAAGAAAAGUUUUUUAAAUUGCUUCUUAAUUCAUCCGAGGAGGAUGCUUCUCAAAUUGCUAAAGAACUUUCUCAAGACUCGAUAAUUUUUUGGAGAGAAAUUUGUUGUUGGGCAUGGCAUAUAGUUAAUACAAGCAUUUUUACCGAAAAUUUGUCUUUACACUCGGUUGAUAAACAAAAAAGUUAUGAUAAAAAUCAGAAGAAUUGCUCAAAAAAGAAAAUAGAUGAAGAAAAUUUUGGAGGCUCACUUGCAUUAGUACCUUUGGUUGAUAUGUUGAACCACAGUCCUGAUGCUUCGGUUUAUUUUCAAUUUAUUGAUGAUUAG